GCAUCCAAUCCUCAAUCUGCUCAACGUCGGCAAGAAGCCUGAUCCAACAGCAUGGGAGACCGGGGAGCUCAAGGAGCUGAGGCUGCGCCUCACAAACGACCCGCAUUCCUUUGCCCUCUUGCAGGAGGCAUUGGAUGAUCUGAGCUCUGAUGACGGCAGCGCCGCAGAGCCAGACCCAACUACGAAAGAAGCCGUCCAUUGGACGGGACCCCAAUUCGAGACGAUGGCCCGCUGGCAGAAGAAAUCCGAGUCAGAGACCAUCAACCUGCUGGAUGUGCUGGGUGUGGACUGCUUUCGAGCCACAACCAAGGAACCGGAUGACAGUUCCACGGGUUCCAUCAGCGAACGCGAAAGUGAGACUUCUCACGAAGGUGGACUUCCGAUGGGUUUCAACAGUUCUGAUGAAGAAUCCACGGGAUCGGAAGAUGGCAUGGUUGAUGAAGUGAUGAUAGCUGGCAGCGCCGGCGACACUGAGUACCUUGGAAAAGGGCAGAAGCGAAGACUUUUGGCCGCCGCCAAGAACAUCAGUGAAGCUGUGGAGGUGGAGCGCACCAGUUUCAAGAAGGAGAAGGAGGUUCCAAGAGUGCGCCGGCUGCGUACUGGCUUCAAGAUCUUGGAGAUCUUUACGUGGUCCUGCAUGCUGUCAAGGUUUGCCUACGGCCUGGGCUGGGAGUAUCUUGAACCAGUGACCCUUCCAGGCUGGGAUCUGACAGACCCCAAGGUGCAAUGGGAGGCCCACCAGUACAUUGAUCGAGUCGACCCUGACUUCAUCAUGCUGGCAUGGCCGUGUGGACCGUGGUCGCCUCUGCAGCGACUUAAUCAAAAGACUUGGACCCAGCGAGAGGCCCUCAAACACAAACAGAACACCUCGAAGAAGUUGCUGAAGUUUUCUGCACAAGUCUCUUUGAAGAGACAAUGGAAUGGCCGCGCCAUCCUGGGUGAGAAUCCCCUGCUGAGCCUGGCAUGGAAGCAAGAUGAUAUCAUUGAUGGCUUUGGUGAUCUGCCUGAAGGGGUAUGCGACCAGUGUCAGUAUGGCCUCCGCCAUCCCGAAUGCGGCAUGCCUCUGAAGAAACCAACCCGCUUUGUGGGCCAAGAGGAGAUCGUGGCUGAGCUCAGGAAAAGAUAUCCGAUCCCCUUGUGCAAAGCCAUCAUGAGGGGAGCCUUGAGCUUCCUGCAUCGGCCGGCAGCUGCCGGGAAAGAGACCUACGUCCUGGAGGAGUACGUCACCGAAGAAUCUUUUCAGGAUGGGCAAGAAGGAAUUGAAGAAGAAGAGCAACGAAUGGCACAGGAGAAAAGGCGAGAGGAAGAGGUGAUCGAGGAAGAUGAUCGACGCCCUGUGCCAAAAGAGAUUCAAAAGGCAGUUGAAUUUGCCCAUCGGCAACUUGGACAUCCCAGCAGAGAUACUUUGGUCCGGAUGCUGCGCAUCUCAGGAGCGACAGAGGAUGCCAUCCGUCACGCUAGACGAUGGCAGUGCGAUGUGUGCCGAAUGCAGAAGGCACCAGCACAUCCUCUUGCUACAACGCCAAGCUUGAGACCCUAUGGCUUCAAUCGGAAGCUUCACUUGGACAUCAAGUUUGUGUUCGACUCACGGGAUCGCAAAUAUCCUUGUUUGAGCAUUGUGGAUCUUGGUACUGCGUACCAUGGCGCCUGUCUUUGCAAGACAAGGAGGUCCGACUAUGUGGCGCGCAAGUUCAUGAUCCAUUGGAUCCAGAUCUUUGGAGCUCCAGAGCAUGUUAGCCACGAUCAAGGUGGCGAGUUUGAGCUGGCCUUCACCUCGCUUUUGGAGGACAUGGCGGUGCCAACUACGGUGACAGGAUCACAUGCACCUUGGCAGCUUUCGGUGGGAGAAAGACAUGGAGCUAUCUUGGGCACCAUGAUCUCAGCUAUCACUGCAGAACACUCCACUGAAGGAUUUACAGCCAUGAAACUGGUGGUGUCAUCCGCUGUCGCAGCCAAGAAUAUGACAGUGACUCGGGACGGAUUCACUCCCAAUCAACGAUUGUUUGGAGCUGAAAUCAAAUUCCCCAGUUUGACAGAAGACAACGCCAGGCCAAGCUUUGCAGAAGCAUUGGACUCUGAAUCAGAGUAUGCACGCGCUCACAGAAUGCGCAUCACGGCCAGGCUGGCUUUGAUCCGUACGGACGUCCAAGACAAGAUGCGCCGUGCGAUUCUGAGGAAGCCAGUGCAUGAAAAUGAUGGCCCAUUCAUGCCGGGAGCACAGAUUUACUUCUGGACACCAAAGAAACUUUCAAAAAGGUAUACCCGAGGUGGCCAGUGGCGUGGACCUGCUACAAUCCUUGUGCGUGAGGCCAAGGAGAGAUACUUUGUCAGCUGGCGAGGCCGCGCCCUCCUGUUGGCUGCGCCCAACAUCCGACUGGCUACUCGUGAAGAGUUAGCUCUCAACGAGCCAGCCAAGGAAGAUGCCGACAGUUUGGGUGAACUACUUCGGGACCCCAUCCGGGAGAAGACCUACAAGGACCAAUCACGACUGGCACCUCCGCCGAGGACGAGAAAACGUCCAGCGACCGCGGAUACGCCAGAGAGGAAAAGAGCAAGGACGAUGUUAAGAGGCACCAAGUCAAUUCGACAGCUCCUGAAGGAUCGCUACGCUGAUCUUCGAGCACAGCUCAGGAAGAGAAAGGUGCCCAAAGGUAUUGAGGACAAGCCGGCAGCGCCGCGCCCUGCAAAAAGGCCAAAGGCCUUAGAAGAUGGACAAGUGCCCCCAGAGGAGAUCCCUGAACUACCUCAACCACCGGCACUACCAGGACCUGGAGGAGGCGAAGAGUCUGAUGGCUACAGCGCCACAUCACCUUAUGAUGAGCAUGAAGGGCCUCCCCACAUGUCAACCGAUGAGGAGCCACCUCACAUUCCUACAGAUGAUGAAGGACUGGAUGAGCCAUCCAGAGCUGAGGCAGAGCCUCCAACGGAGGUACCACCGCAUGAGGUACCUGUCCCGCCGGACAAUGAGGACGAAUGGUUAGAGGAGUUCAGGAAACUGUCCGAGGAAGAUCGACGCAAGAUGUCUCUUGACGACGUUCCUCACACCCUCAAGAGGAAACAGCAGCUUAUGGACCCUGCUCGGGCGGAUGCUGCCGUCAAGAAGCUGCGUGCGAACUUCUGCGCACAGGUGGCAGCGACCACAGUGUAUGGGAGCCUUCAAAAUGAAUGGGUGUCGAGAUACGAGGUGGAACUUCUUAAGCAACUGACAGGCUUGCCAGUUACGGCGGCCAGAAUCCACCGGACACCCAGGAAGCGUUUCCAAAAGCCUCCAAAGAUGGUUAGUCGCUCACGACUUUCCAUUUUAAUUGGCAAAGAUCCUGCCAACACCUUCAUUGUCAACGAGGACGAGGAGGACGUGAAGCAGAACCCUCGCCGUCGUGCCAGCUUUCUUUGGAAAGGCAUGACGAUUUUCUACAAGACUGCCAAGGAGACCGACACCGAGCCGGUAUACAUCCAGCUUCCAGAUGGAUUGUACCGUGCGGAUCUGACUGCCCAAGCCGCCCAAGAUUUCGAAGCUUUGUGGACGGAAGAAGUUCGAGAUUUGCUCACCACUGAAGCGCUGCUAUUGAAGAUGAAGCAGGGUGGCAAGGAGUUGGACCCUGCCUUCUUUGAUCAGAAGGAAAGAGCAGCAUUUGAUACGGCUGAUGUCAAGGAGUGGUCUGAAUGGAUCAAAAACGGAGUGAUUGAGAGGGUCAGCCCUGAGGAAGCGGCCCGAGUUCCCAAAGCAUCCAUUUUCAGAGCACCACUUCGUAUGCUCAGGGUCAACAAACAGACCAAUCAGCUCUUGCCGUUGGUGGCAAAAUCCCGACUUAUUGUGCCAGGUCAUUUAGACCCCCAGCUUGGUGAAUUCCGGACAGAUUCGCCAACCUGCCCUCAAGCAGCUGUCUGUGCAGCCAAGAGCGUGGCAGCAGCCCGUGGAUGGGGUGGCACAAUUUUUGAUGUCACAACAGCUUUCCUCAGCGGAAAGAAGUUGCAACGACAGGUUUACAUUCGAGCCCCCAGAGAAGGUUUGCCUCCAGCUGAGAAUUGGUCAGCUGUGGAACCUGGAGAGCUCUUGCGCAUCCUCAAGAGCGCAUAUGGACUGACAGAGAGUCCCAGGUUGUGGUACCUGGAAGCCCUUGACAGGAUCAAAAAGACUGAUCUCCAGGAGCUCGAGAUGUCGCGAUCUACCUUCGUUGCAGGUGGUGGAAGCAGUGGCAGCGCCACAUAUGCUAUCCUAUGUCUCCACGUGGAUGACGGACUGCUUCUCGGUGAUUUACAGGACAAGCGUGUCCAGAAUCUCAAGCGGCAGAUUGAUGGUAUGUUCAAGAUCAAAGCCUGGAAGACCCUAUCUGCCAAAGAACCAGUUCAAUUCUUGGGCGUGGACGUAACUUUGGAUUCAAAUGGUAUCCACGACGACAUGACGCAGUACAUCAAGCAGAUCAAGGUGGAACCUUUGAGUGGCUCUGGACCACUUAAUCCAAAGGAGUUGACGCUCUAUCGUCAGCUCGUCAUGCGCCUUCGGUGGCCGGCCCAACAGGCCAUGCCACACUUGCUGUAUGAGGUUUCGGCCCUAGCACAACGUGUGAGCCGCGCUCAACACAGUGACUACAAGGAAGCUGUCAAGCUUCAUCAAAAGUUUGUGGAGGAAGCUUCCCAGGGCCGCGCCCAAUUGACCUAUCCAAAGCUGAACGAGAAGGAGAAGCUAUUCUACAUCAGCUUCUUUGAUGCCUCGGUUGGAAAAGAAGAAGACGGAAAAUCUCAGCUUGGGUCAAUUCACUUUCUCACAACAGAGAAAGCACGGUCAGGACCAGCAUUGGCAUCGGUGGUGGAAUUCUCCACCAAUAAAAGUUCUCGAGUUCUGAGGAGUUCAAUGUCUGCUGAAAGCUGUAGCAUGUCCAUCUGUGUGGACCGUCACUUGUACGGCCGCUUGGUUUUGGAUCGUUUGCUCUACGGCAACAGACCCUUGGAUGAGGAUUGGCGAUUGUCAAUGGGUCUUGAUGGAGGCGUCGUAACUGAUGCCAAGAGCCUCUAUGACCAUUUGAAUACAACAGGUCAGCUCCCCACGGAGCGUCAGACCAUGCUGGACUUGCUUGUUGCACGACAUCACUUGGAAGCUGGAGCGUAUAUGUUGUUUUGGGUCCCUACUCAUCGACAGCACGCCGACGGCCUAACCAAGAAGAUGGUCAACCUGUUGUGGCAGGCAUUCUGCCGAAAGCCUAUGGUGUCCCUACGUGAGACUCCAGAGGAGAAAACGUUAGAGGAUCACCGGCGCAAACUGCGCCAGGGGCAGCGACAGCGUCGCAAAGAAAAGCUGAAGGGCCGCGUCCCAGCACUGGCAUCGGCUGUUGGCUCUUUAAGUCUCUUGCUGCUUUGCUCCUACUUGGCAUGGUCGCAGUACCGGCAGCGGCGUGAACUCCAGCUGGAACUGGCCAAGCAACGGCGGGAGGCGGAGCGCCAGACAAAGUUGAGGGAUGAGGAACGAAAAGGCCGCAUCCGCGCGGAGAAGGAGCUGCGCCAGAGCCCGGCUGCGACGGCCGGCCCCGAGGGCGUGGUGCAGGGCUCGGAGGCCACGGAGAGCUUCGAGUUUCAUCCCAUUGGAAGCUUUCAGUCCUGCUACCGCCAGCGCUGUGGAACGCCGCGGCAAAGCAACCUGGUGAAAAGCAGCCUGGCGGUGCUGCGAUGCGUGAAGGAUUUGAAUCCAGAGGCGGCUCUGGAAGGAUUGGCCGAGUUCAGCCAUGUUUGGGUGCUCUACGUGUUCCAUGAAAACACCAAUACCUUGCGUCAGCCAAAAAGCUUGGCCCGUCGCGUGCAGCAACAGGGCCGCGUGCCGCUGUGGCAGGGGCUCUGUAUGAAGGUGGCGCCGCCCAGGUGUCCCGAGCUGCGCGUAGGGGUCCUGGCCUGUCGGACCCCCCACCGGCCGAAUCCUGUGGGCCUCUCCUUGGCGAAGGUGGUGGAGGUCAAGGCCUCCGAGGGUCUCGUGGUGCUCUCGGGCUUAGACGUCAUCGACGGGACGCCCUGCUUGGAUCUGAAGCCCUACCUGCCCAGCUUUGAAUCUCUGCCCGACAGCUCGGUCCCGCAGUGGGUGCAACGCUCCUACGACGAGCCCAUGAUGGAGGUGUCUUGGUCUCCCAUGGCUGCGCAGCAGUUGGCGCUGUUGCUGGACGCAGAGUCGCUGACGUUGGAGCCGUUUGCCUCCGGAGAUGAGCUGAAACAGGCCAUCGAGGAGACCUUGGCGCUGGACAUCCGAUCGCCGCUGCAGAAACAGCGACAUCCAAACCCUGGAGGCGACGUGUCCAAGCCUUUCUUCACGGGGGAUUUGUGGUUUCACCAGCUGCAUCUCAAGUAUUGCCUGUUGCCGCUGCCGCCCAGUGAGUCGGCCGGCAGCGCGGCAUGCGCGGCCGCGGUGCGGCUGGAGUGCUCCAAUCUCCGGGAGGAUCCAGAGGUUUGGAGCUUUUGGGACAGGCACCUGCUGAACGGCAUCAUGAGUAAAGAAAAGGCGAAGGCCUCGACGGGCUUGCUGGCCGCCCUGGGCCUGACCCAUCAUGGCAAACUCAUCGCCUCGUUUGCGCCAUCCAAAAUGGCCCCGAAAGCCAAGUCCGUGAAAUGUACGAACUGCAAGAAGGGUGCUGACGUUUACUGCGUGGAUUGCACGCGAGAGCUUUGCAUUUUUUGUACCACACUCCUACAUCAUCCAGAUACAAAGUUAGAGUGGCACUCCUUAGAAGACAUCGUCAAGGAGGACGCUCGACCUGAAGUGAAGAUCAUCAGCCCCAUCCUCUUGGAGCUGAUUCUGGUCUCGGGCGCCGUCUUUUUCUUCAGCGGCACAGGUAUCUCUCCUGAUUACUUCAGCGGCGAGAGCUACUGCCCUGGCGUGGGCCGCGUCAGGUACUGGAUUGCCCGCUUCGACGCCAAUGUCUUCUUUUUCCUUAAGAAUGAGUUUGCACAGUACUGCGAUUGUGAAGACUCCUAUUGGAGGUUUUUUAUGGACACCUGGAUUCGCAGCGUGCUGACGAAUACGGAUAGCUGGAUUCUUCUCCUCGCUUCCUUCCUGAAGGCUUUGAUGGUGGAAGAGUUCCUCCGCAUCAUCGUCACGCCCGUGGUUGCGUAUCUCUACGCCAUCUUGGCUUACUUCGUCCGGAGUGUUGAAUUUUGGGUGCACAACAUCUUCUACGAACAUUUUGAAAGUCAAAGUCAUCCGGUGACAAAGGUUCUGGACAAAGUGUCUAGAGUGGUUCAGAGCCUUCGGGUGGCCGACAAGUUGGGUCUCGAUGCCAAGUUGGCGCCGCCCACCUAUCGGCGGAAACGACAAGCCACAGAUGUGGCAGAGUACGUGCUCUACAUGUGGAGAAGACGUUUCCGACUGAUGGAGUUUUACCGGGCACAAGCGCAUGCAGUAUGCAACCUGCUGCUGAAGUUCUCCCUGCUGGCGGCCUUCAUCUUGCGGAUUGUUUGCAUGAUCUUUGGUGGUUCACCCCUGUUGGAUGCGGCUCAUCUUCUGGGCUAUGGAGAUUUAGCUGAUCGACAUGUGGAGUGGUUUACCUCGGUUACAGGAACCCCAGUGAACCAUGGCAAGGCCUACUACUGGACAGAUCGCCUCGUCUCUGUGGUCAGUCGGGAGGUUCUGGCCAGCAUUCCCCUCCUGCGCGGCUACAUGUCCGAGACCGCCUGGGUUGCCGCAAAGGGCGCUUACAACAUGGGACCCCUAGCGCUGCGACCGCUUUUGCCGGUGAUCGUCUUCUUUUUGGUUCGCUUCAUGUGGGGGAAGUUCAUCAAGAAGCAACAAAAAGAUUUCGAAGACAUGUGGAAGAGCAAAUACUGCAAGGAGAUCUGGGGCGACAUGAGCCGAGACAAUCCUUGUGGAGGAGUCGCCUACAAAGACUUGAAAUUCUCUGACCACCCGCCCAAAGCGGCGAAUGGAAAGCGCCUCCAAAGAUCGGUCACGACCAUGACCUGA